GUUUGAAAGUGAAGGAGGUCAUUGAAAAAACCGAUCAUGCCUCUACCUGCGAUAAAACUAAUGUCACUUGUUGUGAAACAGCUGAUAGGGAAACCAAUUGCUAACCGCGUGAAGGAAGCAGCUAAGAACUCACCUCGAUUUAAAAACUCCGUGGUUUUGCCUUUAGCUCAAUUUUAUACAAGAACAACAGUCCAGAUAAAAAGUCGAAUGCUGGGUAUCGGGAAAGUGGAGUCAGUAGAACCUAUCAGUAUAGAGCGGGCUGUUGACCUGAUGGGGGACUUCGCUGGCGAAGUUACUAUAGUGGUCAUUGCUAUUUCACUUGUCUUUCUUGAAAUGCAUAGACAAAACCAAAAAGUGGAGUCAACAUAUGACGCCUACAAUGAUACCAUUGAGUCUCUGAAAGACAGAGUGGAACAGUUGGAACUGGUUGUGAAAAACCAAACUCUUCAAACAGAAAAAAUGGAAGAAGUAGUUAAAAAUUUAAAUCAGACAGUAUUUUACUCCCAACAUGGAAUAACGAGUAAAAUUCUGAAUACAACUGAGGAACAGAAAGCUGCUGAAAACAAAAAAUCUAAGUCAUAAUGAUUGGAUAAAUAAUGGGAAUGGACAGGUGUGAAAGGCUGAUUGGAUAAAUCAUCAGAAUGAACAGGUGUGAAAUGCUGAUGGACGUUGUGACUAAGUGUGAAUCUCUGUGAUAAUGGAUUUUAUACCAAAAAUAUGUUAUUUGAUCAUGUCAAACCUGUGUGUUCUGAUCAUAUCAAUGUAAGAGACUCCUAAUAAUAAAUGUCUUAUAGAUUGAUGGUUGGCCUGAACUGAUCAAGGAUCAUGGAUAUUCACAAAUUUUUGAUAAUAAUGGAUUUAAAUCACAGUGCAAUGUGCAGGGUAGAACAAUGUGGUGUCAUUCAAAGUUACACAACUUACAUGUAUAUAUAUAUUCUUUAGAUAUAUCCGUGAGUUCGAGGCCCGGUCAGGGCACGAGUCAAACAGUUGUCUUCCUUCGUCAUCUGUGUUACUAUGUUAUAUAUUCAUUAGAUAGAUAUAUAUCCGGAUAUUAGAUAUAUAUUGGGAUAUUAGAUAUAUCGGGAUAUUAGAUAUACAUUGUGAUAAUGGAUAUAUAUCAUGAUAUUAGAUAUAUAUAUCGGGAUAUUAGAUAUAUAUUGUGAUAUUAGAUAUAUAUCAGGAUAUUAGAUAUAUAUCGGGAUAUUGCUUCUGACUUUCAUGUCGUUCAUAUUCUAUAGCAUGGUAUGUUGCAAAUUGACACCAUCAUUGAGGAUUUGAAGUUUAAUUUGAAUGACAGGGACACAUAAUACUUGGUAACAUUUCCAAUUUCUAUUCUACUUGGUAGAGUGUUUUAUGGCACAAUUACUUGACGUGAGCUUGUAAAUUACGAAACUUUGUCCAUAUUUGACAGAAUUAUGGCCCUUUCAAUGCUACUGAAAUUCUUUGCACACAAUAACUUUCUACUUAGACCAUGUUCAUUAGAACACAUUAUUGUAUAGCUAACUCACACAAGCCUAUUGUCUCAAACUAUAUUGAAAAUUAUGAUUUGGAAGCCAUAAUUAGCAGAGUUAUGCCCCCUUUUCACUUUCAAUGAAAAACAAAACAUAAUACAUACCUGUACCUGUACUUAAAAUUAAUCUUAAUUUCUUCUUAAAGUAUGGUGUGAUAAGUAAGUAAGAGCUGAUAUAUACUACAAAACUUCAAUCACAACCUGAUCUUUAUUAAAAGAUGUUUUGUUUGAUUGUUAUAAAUCAAUCUUGUUGCCACUUGGUUUAUUGACUUGAGGCAAUAUUUUUAGUUUGAUUAAUGAUUCAUUUUAAUUAAAUAUCUACUAGAGACAAAGUGUAAUCAUCUACGUUACAUUUCACAUGCUUAGUUGGUAGAGGGCGUGUUGGUUUGCUGAGAUUUAUCAGCCCAUGAAUAGCCUGGCUCAAUUCGAGGUUGGCUCUCAUAUGGAAGGUCAAUUGAAUGCCAUCCUCAGUAAUUUGAGCAGUGUAUUGUCCAAGGACACAACAGGACAGGAUUCAUAUUUGACAUGUGUGAGAUGGCAGUGAUAUGAUGAUUUGUAUGUGGCUAUUUAUUUAGAGUGGCAGCAUUUUCUUUGAUCACAUCUUAUUAGACUACGGGGUAGUUUGAUAUCUUUGUGUAUAUGGAAUGAACAGGAAAUUCCAGAAUUGUAUCACAUCUCCAAUGUAAACACUUUUUUUGUGUUUGACCAUGAAAAGAUCCUGAGAGAGGGUAUCAUGUGUUCAGAAUUUUAUGAAUUCUCAUUUUGAGAACUUCACCUUUAAUCGUAAUAGUCUUUGUUAUUGUGAUAUUGUUGCUUUUGAUUGUAUUUUUUUUUUUAUUCAUAGACUGCAUUUAUGGAAAUAAAAAACUAAAGAAUGCUU